GGGCGGGGCGGCCGGCGCUCCGGCGGCGGCAGCAGCGAGCAUGUCCUCGAGCAGGGCCAAGAAAGUGAAGAUGGCCACCAAGUCCUGCCCGGAGUGCGACCAGCAGGUUCCUGUUGCAUGUAAAUCAUGUCCCUGUGGCUACAUAUUUAUUAGUCGAAAACUCUUGCAUGCUAAACGUGCUGAGAGAUCACCACCCAUCACAGAAAACAAGAGUGAGGCCAAAAGGAGACGGACAGAGAGAGUUAAGCGAGAGAAGAUAAAUUCUGCAGUAAAUAAAGACUUAGAAAACCGAAAAAGAUCCAGGUCUAACAGCCACUCAGAUCAUAGCAGACGAGGAAGAGGAAGACCUAAGAGUGCCUCAGCCAAAAAGCAUGAGGAAGAAAGAGGUACUGCUGCUCUAUAUCACAAGGACAAGCAGUGUCAGAGAGUGAUUAGGAUGACCGGAUUGCUUAAAAAGUUCCUUGAAACCUUUUGGAGAGCCAAAGUAAAAAGGGCACCUUGAGUCACUACUAUGACCUGAAUUUUUGUCCCAUGUUUCUAUGGAAUAAUACUCUAGAGGAAAGAAUGCCUCCUUGCUUAUUAAGGUUCCUUGGUGACCUGCUGUUUUUAAUCUUUAUACAAUAAAGAGACUGUUACAUGCACUAGAGUAAUUUUGGAGCCCUUCAAGUAUGUGACUAUCACUUAGGAUUCCUAUUUUUUUUUAAGAGCAUGUUGACACUGCAUUUGCUAUCUGUGGGUUUUGGAGAUAUUAAUUUAAGGCCUGAAUAAUGAAUCCAAAACUUAGCAUGGACUUAAAAAGGCUGGAAGGCAGGUAGGAGGGGAAGAACAAGACUUCAUAUAAGUAUUCGGAAGAUCUUGUUCUUAAAACUACUGAAUCCUUCAAGCAUACCUUAUAGCAUAAUUCAGAAAUGCAAUUAUGUUUUUCCCUGCCUCCUUAUUUGUUAACAAAAAAUGGGUGUUAAUCUGUGUUGCAAAGUGAGUUCCUUUAACUUGUAACUCUUCAAAACCAAUUUUGUUGUCUCUGCUGUUUAAUGUAGAUCUAGUCCUUCUUAAAUUUUCUUUCCUAUAAAGGUAUGAAUUGGGAUUUGUUGUUGUUUUAGUGCUUUGGCUGUGGAAAGAGGAGAUGGAAUUUGAUUUCUGUAUGUUUUCAGAAUGGUAAUUGCUUUACUGUAAUAGGAAUACAGUUAUAAUAUCUAAUUUCUUCACUGUUACAUAUGGAUUAUUGAUAUAUGUAGCUUUGCAGAAUACAGAGCUUCCCUAUUUGUUGCUGAUCUAAGCUAAACUUUGUCUAGCACCUAUAGGAUCAUUUCUAGGCAUUUUACUGCCAGUCUAGUUCACACACAGCUUUGGUUUGAAAAUUCCUGCAAGCUGGUUGGGUUGCCCUAUAAAUGUAAAUCUUCUUUCCUGUCCCCUGAAAUAGAGGAAAGCAAUCUAAGCAAUCAAAAGAAAAGAUCCAUUCUCUUAAUGCUUGUUUUAUAGUAUCCAAAAAGCAAGAUUUUGAAAGCAUGAGGGAUAUUUAGAGAACAUGUUUUCCUAUCAAAAACUAGGCUGAAUGUUUUUAACCUCUUGCUGCAUACUCUGAAGUGUGACAAUAUGCCAGUGCUCUGAGGUAGAAAACUAGAAAUACGGAUGCAGUGAGAUCUUUGCGUAAGAGUGCAUGUGUGGUGUGUUGUUUUCGUCAUGUUUGGUGUUGUGUUUUUUUUAAAGUUGAAUCUCAUCUGAGAAGAUUGCCUUCAUCUUCUUGUCCUGUCUUACCAUCCCCUUUACUUGGUAUUGUGACUACUGCUACUGUUUCUUCUUCAACCUCUUCUUCUGCAGACCUGGUACAGAGCUUGGGUUCACACUCAUUUGUAAUUAUCUUUGCUCCUCACCAGUGCAGCACACCUUA